AAACCCCUCUUUUCUUCCCCCAAAAAACAACACAAAAAACGCACACACACACCUAACCAAGAAUCAGAUCAUCAAGAACACUAUGAACUCCACCACCUCUCCACCACUCUCACUCAAACACCACCAUCACCUUAUCCCGACCACUUCACAGCAGCCCAGUAAGCAACAAGUGCAAAGAAACCUCAGACCAUAUGCAUCAAAAUCAAGCGGCUUCUUACUCAAAUCAGUGGCAAAUAGGUGCCAAACAUGUAAAGGACAAGGUGCAGUAGAUUGUAAAGGCUGCAAGGGGACGAGGAAGAACAAGAAGAACGGAAACAUCUUCGAGAGGUGGAAGUGCUUCUACUGCCAGGGGUUCGGGCUCAGGAGCUGCCCGGUCUGCGGGAAAGGUGGAUUGACAUGAGCAACGGGGAGAAAGAUGAUCAGAGCAUACAUUUGUGAGCUGAGAAAGAAGACAAUAAUGUUGUUUUAUACAUUUAUUUUGAUUUGAAUACCUAUAAUAUCCCUCGUCCCAUAAAAGAUAUCUCACUUUCUUUUUCA